GGUGGGUUGAAGCGAUGAAAGUUGAAAAGAGAGAGAAGAGAAAGGUAAGAGAAAGUGGAUGACAGUUGUGAAUGAGAAGCAGAGAUUUGGAAAACUAGAAACAGUGUCAGUGAGUUGCUUCCAUUAUUGAUUGGGCGAUGGAGAAGGUGGAGUGGGAGAUGAGGCCCGGCGGCAUGUUCGUGCAGAGACGCCAAGUGGGCCUUGAUGAGGGGCCCAUCAUCAACAUCACUGUAUCUCACUCUUCUUCCCAACACCCUCUCCCUCUCUACCUCCCUUCUCACUCCACCUUCUGUCAGUUUCCUCUCUUCCCAUUUCUAUCUUUCUCUAUGCAUUUUUUGUUUCCUCAAUCAUAUUCAUUCCUUUUUCUCCAUGGAUCAACAUUUCCAUUGUCAUUCACUAUUUCUAUGUAUAUUAGGAAUGAAGAUUAAGCUGUCAUUUCUACCAUCCUUAUUUUGGACUAGUUAAUUUUGAGAAUCGUUUGGAAAAGCUUAUGGUCGAUAACUUACAGAAAUAGUUUACGAUUCUUAUUAUAACUUUUGUUUACCUCAUUUCAAUUUAUUUGUUUUUAAUAUAAUUUAUCGAAAGUUGUUUUUAAUAUAGCUAUAUUUAUGAAUAAUUUAUCGUUUUAAAAGAAUUUAUUGAAUAAUUGCUGGAUUAAACUGUUUAUUCAAUUGCACCUUACAUCUAAAUUUGCUGUUAGAAGUAUGGAAGAAAGCACAAUCUUGAGAUUCGAGCAUUAUAAAUUCUGAGAAUAUAGAUACACCGAUAGAAUUUGCUUCUGUUUAUUGUCUGUGUUUUUGGUUAUUGUUUGAGAGCAAAUAAGAGGAAUAUGUUAAUAAACUUGAAAGCUCUCGCGUGUGAAGCAAAUUCUAUGGUUUCUUUUCAUAUAAUGCUCCUAACAUGUUAAAGUUCUGUCCUGCAUCGUGGCGUUGAUUGUUCCUUUGUCUGGAUUUUGUUUGAGGGAAAUAGUGCUUGUCUUAGAAGUUACAAUGUACAAGUAGCAUAUAUUUUAAAAGAUGUGUUUGGAUAAACGACUUAAUUAAAUUUUUAUUUGAUUAGUUUAUGACUUAUAUCAUUUAUUAAAUUGUGAAGGUUAUUGAAAGAAGGUAGAAGUAAUGUGUAUUUUAUAAAAUGGUUUUGAUAAACCCAAGUAAGUUCCGUGUGAGAAUUUUCAAAUGCCCCGGGAUAUUCUGUUGUCAUUUCUAUGCAUCUUUGUCUUAACUUAUGGCAUGUUUGGAUUGAUAUUGAAUUCAUUCAAACGUGGAUCCAUUCUAAUGCUGCAAGUUAUAACUUUCAUAUUAAAAUUUGAUUAUCAAGGAUUUCCAAACACACUCUUAGUCUUUAUAAUGACAGGGGAUGUUAAGAAACUGCUUGCACAUAAAACUGGUUUAAAGCCUGAAGAGCAGCGACUCUUCUUUGAAGGAAAAGAAAAGGAGAAUGAAGAGCAUUUGCACGUGGAAGGUGUGAAGGACAAAUCAAAGCUUUUGCUUUUGGAGGAUGCUGCUAGCAAAGAGAGGAAACUUGAGGAAAUUAGAAAGCAUGAUGAAAUGUUAAAAGCUUCUGAAGCUGUUGCUGGAGUCAGAGCAGAGGUGGACAAGCUCUCUGAGAGGGUGUCUGCCUUGGAAGUGGCUGUGGAUGGAGGGACCAGGGUUUCUGACAAAGAGUUUGUGAUGUCGACGGAGUUGCUUAUGAGGCAAUUGUUGAAACUGGAUGGUAUUGAGGCUGAAGGUGAAGCAAAGCUGCAGAGAAAACACGAGGUGCGUCGUGUGCAGAACUUUGUAGAUACGUUAGAUUCUCUAAAGGCAAGAAACUCCAACCCUUUUAGCAACAUUGGUAAAGCUGUCUCUGUAACAACUCAAUGGGAGACCUUUCACUCUGGAAUGGGAAGCUUGAAUGCCCCAACCAAAACUUCUUCUUCAACAAAUGUAACUCAACAUUGGGAGCAAUUUGAUUAGCUCAGAAAUUGCAAUGUAACAUUAAAUUUUUAUGCAUGUACAACGUCAUUUUGGAACUUGAGUCUUAAGAUUGUAUUUUUUAUAGUUUGCUUAAGACAAAAUAUCUGUAAACUAUUUGAAUGGGCAUCCUUUGAAGUUAGAGUUAAGGCCAAACAAGAAAAUGAGCAUAAUCUGUCUACAGCUCAUAAAUUUAUCCAUGAAAUUAUU